GUCUGUUGCCUGGCCUGCCUGGCCAGCCUGGCAUUCACUGGCAUUGUGCAAGGUUAGGGAGGAAGGUUGUGUUGUGGUUGUAAUUUUAUUUGCCAUUUAGUGCUGUUUAGUGCAUUAAUGUAUUAAUUAAUCGGAACUGCCGUAAAACAAUUGUCAGUUUCUCAAGUUUUCCUAAUUAAGGUAUCAGUUAUCAGUAAAGAUAUUGGUGAAGCACGUCAAGCAAUGUCAGCGUGUCGUCAGAUGUCAAGGAUUUAAUAAUCGUUGCUAAUAUUAAAUGCUAUUUGAGAAGUGGUUUAAACAUGCCGUGCUGGUAUUAUGAGAAAAAAGAACUUCGCAACACACCGUCUAUUCAGGAUGGUAUCGAUUACGAGACGGAAUGUAGAUAUCGAAAGGAAGGCGCACGUUUUAUAAUAGACACUGGGACAAAAAUGGAUUUAGGUUACAACACGAUGGCAACGGGUGUUGUCUAUUUUCAUCGAUUCUACAUGUUUCAUUCGUUCAAGAACUUUCCGCGAUAUGUAACGGCUUGCUGCUGUUUACUCCUAGCUGGCAAAGUGGAGGAAACUCCAAAGAAAUGCAAGGACAUUAUAAGGACUGCCAAAACGUUGGUGUCAGAACAGAAGUUCAUGACUUUUGGAGAAGAUCCUAAAGAAGAAGUAUUGAUUCUGGAGCGAAUUUUAUUACAAACUAUUAAAUUUGAUCUACAAGUGGAACAUCCAUACAGCUAUUUACUAAAAUAUGCAAAGUGUCUAAAAGGCGAUAAGAACAAGUUGCAAAAGAUGGUUCAAAUGGCUUGGACAUUUGUUAACGACAGUUUAUGUACUACUCUGUCGCUACAGUGGGAGCCAGAGAUCAUAGCUGUCGCUCUAAUGUACUUGGCAGGAAAGCUAAGCAAAUUCGAAGUGGUAGAUUGGGUUGGCAGACAAUCGAAACAUUUACGAUGGUGGGAUAUGUUUGUCGAAGAUGUGACUAUGGAUCUUUUGGAAGAUUCGCCACCUAUGGUACCAUCUAGCGAAGUGUGCAGAGAACGAUCCAUCACUGCUGCUACUAUAGAAUCUGCAUCUAAUACACCAAACGUUACGCCCGGAAAGUCUUCGAAAAGCAUCGAAGCAUCAACAGUUUCUGCAAACGGAUGUCCAGUUACAGACAUCGCGGAUACAAUAAAACCGAUAGACACCUCAACGGCACACUUUCCCACAUAUUCGACGACGUUUGCGUCCAACAACACAACGUAUCCACCGGCGUUUCCACCUACGAACGUCUCGGUUCCUCCUCCUUCUGUAAAUACAAUGAAUCAUAUCGUGCCGACGAUACAUCACAUUGGAUCGUCCGCUGCUAUUCGCCCGACACCGCCAUCGGGACCGACUGCCACGCAAACCGCUUUUCAAUCAUAUUCCUACCCAACAAACGCGUCCUAUUUUUCAGCGAAUAAUCCAAUUCCGCCGCCGGCCGCGCCGCCACGUAGCUAUUAUCCACCGCAACCAUAAUGGAAACCACGGUAUCGCGCAUCCAACAAAUAUACAAGUGUUGUAUCUCCGUGUCAGUGUCAUUAUCCUUAAUUAAAGAUAAAUGGUAGACGUGUGAAGAGACAUCACGUUAAUUUUAAGUUUUGUGUAUAAUGUACUGUAUUUUUAUAGCAUAUACAGUAAUAUAAUGGUAAACUCUCCUUCUUUGUAGUAUCUCCUUAUAAAUAAAGCAAACGUUUAUAACUUU